GGAGGCGGGGCGCGAUAUGUGAGGACUGUCCACAGCUUUGGCCCCGCCUCUCCCCUCCCGGGAGGGAGGGGGAGAUGCUAGGGGCGGGGCGGCGGAGGCGCGCGCGCGGCCGCGGGAACUGAGCGGCCCGGGGAAAGCGGAGCCGGGGAACAUAAUCGUGGGAAAGAAUGAUUGCAUCAAGCAUUCUAUGAAAUAUGGAUACAAAUUAAAAUAAUUAAAGGAUUCUCAUUCUCAGAAACACAACAAAAUGUAUAAAUCAGCGGAGACAGUGAAGCGUCGACUCAAUGUGCAUGCACCACCAAGGAUCAGAAGUGUGGAUGUUGCCAGAGGACGAGCAGGAUAUGGAUUUACCCUUUCUGGACAAGCGCCUUGUAUUCUUAGUUGUGUUAUGAAAGGGAGCCCUGCAGACUACGUCGGACUAAAAGCUGGAGACCAGAUAUUUGCUGUCAAUGACAUCAAUGUAAAAAAGGCUUCUCAUGAAGAUGUAGUGAAGCUCAUAGGGAAAUGUUCUGGGGUGCUACAUAUGAUAAUUUGUGAAGGCAUCAGUCAUAUGGACUCUUGUUCUAGUGAUGAAGAAGUUGGAUUUUAUGAAGGAAAAGGCUGGCUAAAGCCCAAACUUGAUUCCAAAGCAUUAGGUAUCAACAGAGCAGAGAGAGUUGUUGAAGAAAUGCAGUCUGGUGGAAUUUUUAGCAUGAUCUUUGAAAAUCCUACUCUUUGUGCUGCCAGUUCAGAUCACUCAAAACCAAAACAAAGAUCUCUUUCAGAGUCGGCUGCUGCCGCCUCUCGGUUUGACAUUGCACAGGAAAGUCUAAGUAGCCCCAAUUAUAAUCUCCAUUCUAAGGAUGAAAUGUCUAAAGUCAUACAUGAUGAUUCAGUUUUCAGUAUUGGAUUAGAAAAUCAUGAUGACUUUGGAUUAGAUGCAAGCAUUUUGAAUGUUGCCAUGGUAGUAGGUUAUCUAGGUUCAAUAGAACUUCCUUCAACUAGCUCCAACCUUGAAUAUGAUAGUCUGCAGGCUAUUCGUGGAUGUAUGAGACGCUUGCGGGCUGAACAGAAAAUACAUUCAUUGGUGAUGAUGAAGAUUAUGCAUGACUGCAUUCAACUCUGCACCGACAAAGCUGGAGUAGUGGCUGAAUAUCCUGCAGAGAAACUGGCAUUUAGUGCAGUGUGUCCAGAUGACAGAAGGUUCUUUGGACUGGUCACCAUGCAGACUAAUGAUGAUGGAAGUUUAGCUCAGGAAGAUGAAGGAGUUUUGAGAACUUCUUGUCAUGUUUUUAUGGUAGAUCCAGAACUGUUUAGCCAUAAAAUUCAUCAAGGCAUUGCGAGACGAUUUGGGUUUGACUGUACAGCUGAUCCAGACACUAAUGGUUGUUUAGAGUUCCCAACAUCAUCUUUACCCGUUUUGCAAUUUAUUUCAGUCCUAUAUAGAGACAUGGGAGAAUUGAUUGAAGGAAUGAGAGCACGGGCCUUCCUGGAUGGCGAUGCUGAUGCCCAUCAGAAUAACAGCACAAGUAGCAAUAGUGACAGUGGCAUUGGCAAUUUCAACCAGGAAGAAAAAAGUAACAGAGUUCUUGUGGUGGAUUUGGGGAGCAGUUCAAGCAAGCACAUUCCUAGUAACAUGUGGGAAAACCCAGGAGGAAGAGCCUCAAACCCUCCUGCUGCUCAUUGGAAUGGUUUCUGUCAUGAUUCCGAAGGAAGUUCUUUAGAACCAAUUCAGAAUGAUAAAUUCUGUGAGUUAAAUAAACAUUUAGGACCUUCUUCCCGAAUGGAGAUUCCUCUUGUUUCUUCACGGAGUUCAGUGCCUCCUUCCAAAAGAAGUGCCACGGGUAUGAGUGGGGGUGCCAACCAAAGGUGGCUGCCUGUGCAUGUGCUCCAGGAGUGGCAACAUGGCCACGCCAGUGAUCAGGAGUCAUACACGGACUCUACAGAUGGAUGGUCUAGUGUGAACUGUGGCACACUUCCUCCUCCAAUGAAUAAGAUUCCAGCCGACCGCUACAGGGUUGAGGGCAGCUUUGUUCAGCCUCAGCUAAGUGCUCACAAGAAUGAAUGGUCUAAAAAAGCUUUUGGAAUGCAGAACUUUUUUGGCCCUCAUCGAAAUGUUAGAAAGAUAAAAGAAGACAAAAAGAGUUCAAAGUUUGGACUUGGUUUGCUUCCUACUCCACAGCGUACCUCUACUCGGAGAUCAUUUGGAAGAUCCAAGAGAUUUAGUAUUACUCGUUCACUUGAUGACCUUGAGUCUGCAACUGUAUCUGAUGGUGAGUUAAACAGUACUGAUUUGAAAGACUGUGUUAGCAACAACAGCCUGAGUAGCAAUGCCAGCCUUCCCAGUGUACAGAGUUGCAGAAGACUUCGGGAAAGGAGAGUUGCAAGUUGGGCUGUUUCAUUCGAGCGUCUUCUACAGGAUCCUAUCGGUGUUAGAUACUUUUCUGAUUUUCUAAGGAAAGAAUUCAGUGAAGAAAAUAUUUUAUUCUGGCAGGCCUGUGAAUAUUUCAGCCAUGUACCUGCACAUGACAAAAAAGAGCUUUCCUAUAGAGCCCGUGAGAUCUUCACAAAAUUUUUGUGCAGCAAAGCUACCACACCGGUUAACAUCGAUAGCCAGGCACAGUUGGCCGAUGAUAUCCUCAAUGCACCGCAUCCAGACAUGUUCAAGGAGCAGCAGCUGCAGAUUUUUAACUUGAUGAAGUUUGAUAGUUACACUCGUUUUCUGAAAUCCCAGCUUUAUCAAGAAUGUAUUUUGGCGGAAGUAGAAGGUCGCUCUCUACCUGAUUCACAACAGGUUCCAAGUAGUCCUGCCUCUAAACACAGCAUCAGCUCAGAUCGCUCUAAUGUCUCCACGCCAAAAAAGUUAAGUGGAAAGUCAAAAUCAGGAAGAUCCCUAAAUGAAGAAUCAGGAGAGGAAGAUGGGGAGAAGAAGCGCAAAGGAACAUUUUUUUCCUGGUCAAGGAAUAAGAGCACUGGACGGUCCCAGAAGAAGAAGGAACAUGGGGAUCACCCACAUGAUACUCUUCACUCUAAUGGAGGAUUACACCGACGUGAAUCACAAGGUUCCAUGUCUUCUGCUGCAAGUCUUGACUUGUCCGACACCUUUAGGGUCUCAGUGGCUGAAAAAGACAAGUCGUCCAAGCACUGCUGCAUAAACCUUCCCGAUGGGACAUCAUGUGUGGUGGUUGUAAAAUCUGGAUUCUCCAUCAAGGAAAUAUUAUCUGGGCUGUGUGAGAAACAUGGCAUCAAUGUGGCUGCAGUCGAUCUUUUUUUAGUAGGAGGGGACAAGCCGUUGGUGCUGCACCAAGACAGCAGCAUCUUGGAUUCCAGGGAUCUACGGUUAGAAAAACGCACUUUGUUCCGGCUUGAUCUAGUCCCAAUUAAUAGGUCAGUGGGACUGAAGGCCAAGCCCACCAAGCCAGUGACUGAAGUGCUGAGGCCUGUGGUGGCCAAGUAUGGUUUGAAUCUUAGUGACCUUGUGGUGAGACUAAGUGGAGAAAAGGAGCCACUAGAUCUUGGUGUUCCUAUUUCUAAUUUGGAUGGACAAAGAGUGAUAUUGGAAGAAAAGGAUCCUACUAAAGGAAAAGUAUUCACAGACAAACAGAAAGGUGCAUCAGCCAAACAGAAUAUAGCUGUAAUUCCCAGUUCCAGAAAUCACUCUGCUACGGGAGAGGAAAGAACACUAGGCAAGUCUAAUUCUAUUAAAAUAAAAGGAGAAAAUGGAAAAAAUGCUAGGGAUCCCCGGCUUUCAAAGAGAGAAGAAUCUAUUGCAAAGAUUGGGAAAAAAAAAUAUCAGAAAAUUAAUUUGGACGAAGCAGAGGAGUUUUUUGAGCUCAUUUCCAAGGCUCAGAGCAACAGAGCAGAUGACCAACGUGGGCUGCUAAGAAAAGAGGACCUGGUCCUGCCAGAGUUUCUCCGUUUGCCAUCUUGUGUCGCCGAGCCAACUGCAUCCACUCCCGCCGCAGCCAAAGGCCUAAGCAAGAGAACUGCAAAAAACGGCAGCAAGGAGAAGGCGCAACCCAAUGGGAAGCUGGAAUCCCCUCCCAGCGGUCCUGAGAGUCCGGCCAAGAGCCCAGGGCCUGCCGAGAGCAAGCCCCGGCCUCCGCUGGCUGCCCUCCCCACUCAGAAGUCCUACAGCGGCCCCUUCAGUGCCCCGUUGUCUCCGAUCCCACGUGUCCAGGAGGCGCAAAUAUGGAAGAGGCAGUCGGAGGAGCUCCCCACCGAAGGCAUACAGACUAUAGAUGACGACAAUGUUGCCGACUUAACCCUUGUGGGCGAGGGAGACAUCAGUAGCCCCAACAGCACUUUAUUACCGCCUCCUCCGACGCCACCAUCGGAUGCUACGAAACUCACCGAAGCCAACUACACACCCCCAACUCCUCUCACAGAUAAACAGGAAAAACCCGGAUAUCAGAGAUCCGUUUCAGGAGCAAACCAUGGAAGGACAAAAGAAUCUGAAAACUUCUACGAGCACAUCCCCUCCACACCCCGACAUGACCCCAGCUCAUGUCCUGGGAUGAACGCUGGCAGUGAACUCCCAGUGAACAGGAUCAUUGAUGUGGAUGGAGUCAAGGGUGGAACCAACAGCCUGAUGCCCUCCUCAGAGUCAGAAGGCAACCUCAGCUUUGAGGGCUCCAUCUCAGAGCUCCGAAUGUGCCAGGGGAGAACACGCACAGGCGUGUAUAGAACAUCAGAUCUCCCGAGUCUACUUACUGUGAAGAGUGAGAAACACAAGAGCACCGAGAACCAGUAUAAAGCAACUUUUGUCUAGGUUCCAAGACUUAUUUUGUCCUUUAAGAUGCAGAAAUGCUUUUCAGUUCUCUUAUACUUAUCGAUACUACUAAUAAUAGUGCUUGAAGGUUUACAAAGUACCUCAUUACAUUGUCUCAUUACAACCAUCUGAAGCAAACAGUGCAAGUAUUAUCGUACCCAAAGGAAAGUGACUGGCUUGAGAUCACAGUUUAUUGUUAGAAUUAGGAGUCACACCCCUGUGUUUUGCUUUCAGGUCCAGUACUAGGCAAGCUCUGUCGAGAGAAGUCAACAUAUCACUACUGUACUUAUUGAUCUGAACUGAUAUGAAAAAAUAAGACCUAAAGGUGGGAUGAGAACAGUGAUGGUUCUGUAGGGGAUGAAAGUCUCUGUGCUCCCUUGGAUGAUCUUAGUUCUCUGUUUGUUCGGCCUCGGCCUUGAAAGAGACCUUUUCCAUCCUUAGACAAGACCUUUGUUGGCUGGAGCCGGCGAUGCUGUAUCUGUGUCCUGGCUCAGCUCCCACGAUGAGAUCAAGCAAAAUCUCUGAACCAUGUGAUGCUUUGGGUUCCUGCUCGGUAAAUCGAGGCAGCUGGAUCAGAUGACCUUCACAGCUCAGUCCAUCUGAGACAUUUUGUCUCAGGGUCCUUCCAGCUCUGCCUCCCAUCAGUUAUUCCCAGUCAGAUGUGUUCAGGACCUUCUCCACUUUUGUGUGAACACGUUUCUGGUCUUCUAGAUAGACUAGGGGGAAAAGGAGAGGGAGCAGGUGGUGAGGGGCAUUCUCUGCUCUCUCAGAAUCUGGUCAUGGAUGCUUUGAGGAUGGGAAGGUACAAACACGGGAGCUGAGGAGUCUCUUCAGCAGCAGGAGGAGCAGCUUUCUGGUCCCUCCUUAUACCUAGCGCAGUGGUUAGAAGGCCGAGCUUAGAUCCGGGAGUCCAGUCUGAGUUCUGCUGUUUCCUACAAAGGUGUGGGACUGAUUGCCCACUAAGAUCCCUUUUGGGCAGCUAGGUGCGGUGAAUAGAGCACCAGGUCUGCAGUCAAAUCAAGAAAAAGUUCCUGAGUUUGAUCUGGCCUCAGACACUUACUUCCUGUGUGACACUGGGCAAGUCACUUAAUUCUGUCUCAGUUUCCUCAUCUGUAAAAUGAACUGGAGAAGGAAAUGGCAGCACUCCAAUAUCUUUGCUAACAAAACCCCAAAUGGGAUCAUGAAGAGUCAGACAUGACUGAAAAAUAACUCAAUAAAAAAGGUCCUUUUAAACUCUGACAUUCUACAUUCUAGAGCAAGGCUUCUGUCAACUCUGAUAAAGAUUCUUUUCUAGAUCUGAAACUUUACAUUCCAUUUUCUGUGUUCAGGUAGUCUACAUUCUGAAGUUUAAAAUAAUUGCCAGAAUUAACAUUUUCUUUUAAAAGGUUCCUUCUAGCUCUCAUCUUUCGUUUCCCCAUGUUCCAAAGAACUACCAUUAACAUUCCAUUAUUUAUAUACCAUUUAGAUAAUACAGUCUAUAUUCUUUGGUCUAAGUUCCUGAGUUUCCUUUUAAAUUGCCAUUAGUAAUUUGCUAAUACUUAGGUGGUUCAGUGGGUAAUGUGCUUGGCCUGGGUGUAAUUACCGUAAAUGAAAGACAGGUUUUUCUACUAGGGUUUUAAAAAAAUGUAUUUGAAUUUUGAGCUUCAAAUCCUUUCCCUCCCUCUACCCCAUCUCCCACCUAUUAAAAGGCAAAAAAUUGCUACCCAUUAUACAUAUACAUUAUGCAAAAUAUUUCUGUAUCACCAUUUUUCUACCAGAUUGUAAAGAAACUAUGAAAGGAGUAUAUUUUCAAAGAAAGAUCAAAUGAUUUAACUCUCAAACAAAAAUGGGAAACAAUUCAACAAAUGUGGGAGUAUAUCCACCAGUUAUCACAGUUACCUGAGAAAUAAAGGAACUACAGGAAAGUUUUCUCACCCCCUUGUAAACUAGAGGAAGUGACAAUGAUUUGUCACCCUCAGUGGUGUUUCCCAAAUGAGCAUCUCCUCUGUAUGAACGUGACCUUCCCUGAGGAAUGACAAAUAGUCCUUGCUAUGCUGGGAAAAUUGAUGACUUAGAUAUCUAUUGAUGAAAUGCUAUCUUGGUUUUCCUGAUUCACAUUUGACAUGAAUUAUAAUAGACUGACAGGAAAUAUGUCUUCCUUGUAGUAUAGAUGUUUCUAUAAAGUUGACCCAAAAAGUGAAUUUCUAUUAAUUUAUUAUUUCCUAUUGUUUUUCAUUACAUGGAAACUCCCCCUCAAUAAGCACAUUUGUCAAGAAGGCAUCGUGCACAUUAGAUGUCAAACCAUUAGUAUUAUAAUUAGAAGUCAUACAGUCAAAAAAUCAAAGAAUUAGAAGGGUCAGAAGUCAUCUGGUCCAGUGUGUACUUUCCCCAAAACUCCUACUAUAGUGUACCUGACAAAUGGUUAUGUAGCCGCUAAUGGAAGACCUCCACUGAUUCCAAAGGCAGUCCAUUAUACUUUGAGAUGCUUACAUUUGUUACAUUUUUUAAAAUUAUAACUUUUUAUUGACAUAACAUAUACAUGGGUAAUUUUUCAACAUUGACAAUUGCAAAACCUUCUGUUCCAAUUUUUCCCCUUCUUCCUCCUACCCCCUACCCUAGAUGGCAGCUAGUCCCAUACAUGUUAAAUAUGUUAAAGUAUAUGUUAAAUACAAUAUAUGUAUACAUGUUUAUACAGUUGUCUUGCUAUACAAGAAAAAUCAAAUUUAGAAAGAAGGUAAAAAUAACCUGGGAAGAAAAACAAAAAUGCAAGCAAAUAAUAACAGAAAGAGUGCAAAUGCUAUGUUGUGGUCCAUACUCAUUUCCCAGUGUUCUUUCAUUGGUUGUAGCUGGUUCUGUUCAUUACUGAUCAAUAAUUUUUUUUUUCCUUAAAAAAAGAUAAAUUUGUCCCUCUGCAAAUUCUGCCUUUUGGGACCAAGCCAAAGAAAUGUAACCUUUUUUCCAGAGGACAUCCUUUCAAGUAUUUGGAAGCUAGCAACAUGGCACCUUUAUGUUUUCUAAUUCCCAUUUCUUGGGAAUAGAACAAGAAAUAGAAAUAAUAAUAAUAGAAACAAAAACUAGUUGUCAUGUGGAAUUCCCAUUGAGAAUCUUCCUCUGAAGGUUCUCUUUCUCAUCAACAAUGUCCAGAACUGAACUCCUUUCUUGAGAUGUAUCAGGAUGGAGAACAAUAGGAUUAUUGCUUCUGUUGUCUUGUCCUCUUCCCAGUAUGAGAUGUUAGCUCUUCUGGCUUCAGUGUCACACUGUUGUUUCAUUUUGAAUUUUUAGUACCCUAAGAUUUCCAGAUUAAAAAAAAAAGAAUGAAUCUCUAGCCCUUUCUUCCUCUAUUGUAUUCACAAAGAUGUUUUUUUGAGCACAAGCAUAAGACGUAUUUUUUCUUAUUAAAUUUCAUGUUUUUAUAUUUGGCUCAGAUCUGUCGAGAUCUUUUUGGAUUCUGACACUGCUUUCAAGUGUGGUAAUUAUCUUUCCUAGCUGUCUAUCAUUUGCAAGCUUGAUAAAUUUGAGGUCCAAGUCCUCAUUUUGAGAUGAAUCCCAGAGAGAAAUUAUCUUUUCUCCAAGAUCACAGCUUAUAAACCUUUAUAUCUUGGGUCUCUCUUUUCCUGUCAAAGACAGGUUUUCUACACAUUUCUUCCAAUUCUUUCUUCCAAACUAUUCCAGCUGCAAGAUCACAAGAGAUGCUAUCCAGUGUGAGAUCCACUAGAGGCAGGACUUCCAGAUAGGAGAUCCAAGGAUCCAGGACCCAAUUUUUUUUUUUUUAAUUAUAAAAAGAAGAAAGAUUAAACUUGGGUAUUUGUCUGUACAGAGCAAAACUCAGAACAGAGUGGGAAGUUGCAGAAAACAGAUUUUGGAGGUAUAUAAGGAAGAACUGCUAAACAAUUAAUAAAAAGUAGAGCAGCAGAUAGUAAAUUCUCUGUCCCUAAUGCUGUUCAGUCAGAAAUUGGAUGAUGUGGGGAUGCAAUAAGGGGAUUCUUUUUUAGGUACAGUUUAGACUACAUGCCCCCAGAGGUUCCUUUUUUUAGUGAGAUUCUGUGAUUUUCUGAAGGCUCUGGGAAGAUAUUACUUAAUUGGCCACUCCAAGGAUGCUAUUUGGAUCCAUAAGCAUUUUUUCCAGAAUAUGGAAAACACCUAGUAAACAGAGAAUAAAUGCUGAGCUUCUCAAUUAACUCAAUCAAGAGACCUAUUAAGUCUAUGUUCCAUAUUUUGAUAUUAAUUUGAUAUUUACUAAGAAGAGGGAGGCAAAAUAAAUUUAGCCUAUUUAAUUCUCUCCCUUAUCCUCACCAAAGACUAGCCUCCACCUUACAUUGGGGAGACACAAAUGGAGAAAAGUUGCUCUUCUUGGAGAGGAGAAAGAACACUAUCAGUUCUAAGUUCUGGAUUCAAGAUCCUUCCCUGGUUUGUGAUUUAGUCUCAAGUUUUUUCAUCUGUAAAAUGGGCUUACAAGCCUGAGGUUUCACCUCAUAGCCAUCAUGUUGACAAAAAAUAAUAAAAGAUGAAAAUUGUUCAUGUUGGAAGAGCUGGAAUGACAGAUAUGCUAAUAUGUUGUUGGUGAUGGCAUGAAUUGGUCCAAUGCUCUGGAAAGCAAUUCAGAAUCAUUUGAAAGAAAUCACUAAGUAAUUUAUACUCUACUCAACAAUCUCAUUAUUUGACAUAUAUUUCAAGGAGAUCAUACAUAGAGUGUAUGUCCAGGGUGUACUAGAGAUAGCUUGAAUUGGCUUAAAAACUGAUUGUUAAAUUUUUAGUAUGACCAUUCACAUUUUAGGUAUUAACAAAUGCUACAAAUUAGAGCUUUUGUUGAUUAUAUACACAUAGAAAAUGAUGGGGGAAAUGUUAAUAAUUCAGAUAACACUCAAAAUUAUGUGGUACUUAAGACUUUUCUCUCCUGAGAGCUGAUAAAUAUAAAGUAAGCUGCUAAAGUCCCAUAUAUUAAAAAGUACAGCAAUUUUGGUGGUAGCAAGAAAUUGGAUACAAGUGGGUACCUAGAAAAUGAAGAAUGGCUAAAUAAAUCUUGGUGUGCUUAAGCAACAGAAUACUAUUAAAUGAAAUGAUGGUUAUGAUAAAAUUCUGAUAAACAUAGGAAGGCUUGUAUUAACUGAUGCAGAGUAAACAGAAUGGAGAGAAUGAUACACAAACUGACUAUAAUAAUCAAGCAGAAAUAAUGCGCAAAGGCAGCUGACCUAGGAUUAAUUAUAACAGCCAAUUUCUUGGUAAUUAAACAUAUUUCACUCCUCGUGGGGUAGGGAUUGGGAGAGGGAAAAGCUGUGGGAGCGAAAUGUUACAUAUACUGCUGACAACUAAUGUCCAUUUAUUGAUCAGUUUUCCUGAACUAAUUUUCUUUGUUACAAGGUUCAAUGUGAAGGUUAGUUUUAUUUUUUAAUGACCAUGGUAUGAAAAGCAAAAGGCAUUAAUAAACCUUUUUUUAAAUGAA